GAUUGAAGUCUGGCGAGUUUGUUGGACGUGCGUCAAUAAUUUAUUUCUAACUUUCUGGCCGCGACUCGCGAUGCUCCUUCGGAAGUGACAUUAUUUUAUUGUGAAGUGUAAAAGAACUCGUGAAACAUGUUGGCGGACGGUGAAGUUGUUGGCGAUGGGUCGUGGAACCUCACGAUCGCCGUGACUGACCUGGACGAGAAGAGGACUAUGGUCGUGAAGGGAGACAUGCAUAUUGGAGGGGUUAUGCUAAAACUGACAGAAAGCUUCGGUAAAGAAUUCAAAAAGGACUGGUCAGAUCACGCACUCUGGUGGCCCACACGUAACAAAUGGCUGUCUCGACCGAAGCACACAUUGGACCAAUACGGAGUCCACGCAGAUGCCACCCUCCACUUCACUCCUAUGCACAAACCUAUCAGAAUCCAGCUCCCGGACCUCAGAUACAUUGACUGCAAGAUUGACUUCUCUAUAGACACCUUUAGCGCCGUUGUACAACUUUGUAAAAGUCUUGGAAUUCGACACCCAGAGGAACUUUCCCUCUGUUACCCCUUAGAACCCUCUCAUCUUAAACAGAACUACCAGAACUUGAAGGAAGCGAAAAGGAUAAAGUCGUCACAGCCUCCAGACACCAACACGUUUAUAGCAGCCACAAGAGGCUCCUCAAAUAGUUUGGACAGGUCUAAUGGACCCUGUCCUGCGACACCGCCUCCACCACGAUCACUCUCCGCUACCCCGGUUGCACAACAAAAUGGCACUCUCCGUCGUUACGGUGGUCUAUACAGCACACAGAGUGACGGAUCAAGCGAUGGGGGAUACGGUAGUACCCCGCCCAGAGCUGCCUCUCUAGAUGCUCUCGAUUCUCUAGCCGAGCUGUCUCUAGCAGACUCCCCCUUAGAGCCUGACACCCAAUCACGAGAGUCUCUAUUAACGCCCAAAUCUCUCAUGGAACGUGCUAGAAUGAAUGUUGGUUGGCUCGACUCAUCUCUCUCCAUAAUGGAGCAGUACGUCCGAGAAUGGAACACCCUACAGCUUCGUUUCAAAUUCUACUCCUUCUUCGACCUGACUGCGCGUGCGCAGGACGCGGCGCGACUGAACCAGCUGUACCAACAAGCUCGCUGGCAGAUACUGAACCAAGAAGUUCAGUGUACUGAGGAAGAAAUGCUGUUAUUUGCAGCGUUACAGCUUCAAAUCGAGUUACAAACGUUAGCUGGUGGUAGUUUGGAUGCGGCAGAUGGCACAGCCACGUCCCAAGCGAAUGCGCCAGAGGAUGAAAUUGAUGCGGCACUCUCAGCUUUACAAACUCAGUUAGAAGGAGGACCAGCACCACAUAACGACAUCACACAUGUACCAGAGCUUGCUUCCUAUCUUAAGUACCUUAGGCCCAAACGUUUUACUCUGAAGGCGUACAAACGUGGCUGGGUGUCAUGUCGUGACGGCGUGUUGCGUAUCCACUCGUCUCGCGAGGCUGCUGGAAAGGGCGAAGCCCCGUCCUAUGCUGUGGAACUGCGUGGAGCUGAGGUGACUCCAGACGCGCACCCAGCGUCAGGUCGCUACAGCAUCAAGCUAGAGGUGCCGGCAGAGGACGCCAUGCAUGAAAUGUGGCUCAAAUGUGAAAAUGAGGAUCAGUAUGCGGAAUGGGUAGCAGCCUGUCGCCUGGGAUCUAGAGGUCGUUCGCUAGCAGACUCGGCGUUUGCAACCGAAGCUGCAGCAGUACGUUCUCUCCUCCAGCUGCAGAGACCGCAGCCUGCCGCCGCACUCAACCAGCACUCCCUGCCACAUCUAGACCAUCUGCAGCCUGAGAACUACCUCGCGCCACGGUUCCUCAAGAAGCUCAAGAGCAAGUUCACACAACGCGUCCUGGAGAGCCACGCGAACGUAAAAGACCUGCCACUGCUCGAAGCGAAGUUGCAGUACAUCAAAACGUGGCAGAAUCUCAGAGACUACGGCCAGACUAUGUUUGUCGUCCGUUUUAUGGGACAUAAGAGGGACGAGAUCAUUAGCAUUGCCAACAAUAGGAUCAUGCGGCUUGACCCUAAUACCGGCGACCAUAUUAAGACGUGGCGAUUUAGUGAUAUGAAGGCUUGGAACGUAAACUGGGAGAUCAAACACAUGAUGGUGCAAUUCCAGGAAGGCAACAUAAUAUUCUCAGUGCAGUCCGCAGACUGUAAAGUGGUCCACGAAUUCAUUGGAGGCUACAUCUUCCUCUCGAUGCGCUCCAAGGAUGCCAACCAAACGCUGAACGAAGACCUCUUCCAUAAACUGACCGGAGGAUGGACGUAAAACCGACUAACGACCUUAGUAAAGUAAGCCUAUAAAAUAUUUAAUAAAAUCUUUGACAUAGGUAAAAGAAAUGUAUAUCUUAACGUGCAAGAUUUAAAACCUAGUUUCAAGUAAUAUUCGUACAACAUAAUUAAUAAUUAUUUAAUUAGUUUCGACAUAGAGGGCCUUGGUUACGUGCCUUGACGAUGUGCUAAAGUUUUAUAGUGUAUAGAUAUUUUUGUACCAAGAAAAUGCAUUCGUAAUAAAUUAAUAAUCUAUUCUUCACAAAAUAUUGUUUUUAGAUCUAAUUAUUAUAUUAGUGCUUCCAUUAAUUUUCGUAUGAAUGUAAAUGCCAAAUACAUUUUUGACAAAAUAAAAUGCUUUCAUACUGCGCAUCACUUUUAUUUAAUAGUAGAUUUAAGAAACAUGCGAUGGAUAUGAGCUUUUAAAUAAUAUAAGUUUUGUUUUUAAUAUUUUUUAAGUAACAUGGUAACAUUGGAUCCUUGGAGUGCCAUUAUUGACAUGCUAAUAUGGAUGUCAACUGAUCCAUUUGGUGCUGUAUCAUUCAAUAUGUAUGUGUUUAUACAAUACAUAAUAUUGAGUGGCCUUAACAUAUAUUAUGAUACAUAGGAUAUUUACUUAUUAUCUCCAAAAGUUCUUAUGUGAAGUUGUAAAAUCAAAAACUGCAUUAUUUUAUGUAGAUAAUUAAUAAUUGAUUAAUUUAAUAAGAACAUUCGAUUUAUGUAGUUUAUGGAACAAAAUUAGGCAUUACAACUUAUUUAAAAAUCUGAACAAUGCUCAGGCUAUUUUUAUCUCAGAUUCCUGUUAUAUAAAGUCCUUUUCAAAAUGUUUCAUAAACUACUAUAGUUCAUUGUAAAUAACAUUAUUUUAUUAUACACUUAAAUACUGAAAUAAAACUUUAUUUUCAUCGUCUUUGACAAACUUUUGGAAUAUCGCCUACUCUUAAACUUAAUGGAAAUAAAACUAAUGAUUUUGUUACAUAUUUUAACAAACUUAAUAAGACAUUGUGAAUCAGUCCCUACAUGUUCCAAACGUCCUCUUGUAAAAUUUCAAUAUUUAAGUGUUACCAAUUAACAAUAAGUUAUUUUAUACAAGUGACAAAAAUAAUUUUAGAUUAAAAUCCUUUUCGCUUCAUAUUGUAUACCUAUUAAUUGCAAAGAUUAUUUUAUUAUUGACUACUAGUCUUAUUGAGAUCGCAUAUAAUGCCGUCAUUUUGUUUUUUUUUUAAUUAUUAUUAUUAUAUAGGUACGGUUAUUAGAGUAAUUAUGAGUAUUAACAUUAUUUGACAUUCAUUGUGGAUUUCUUGUACAAAUUGUAAUGUACUUUUUUAAUUAAUAAUUUUUGAGUAUGUUUGUAAAUGAAUGACCGUAAUAAAUGUAAAUUAAUAACAG